AUGAAAGAAAGAGAAACAUACUUUUUCGCUCCUGUCUUCUCCCUUCAUUCCGACCCUGGUUACCCAUCACCCAUCUACCAGUGGAAGAAGCUCCCUCACUGCCAACCUUUCCGCCCGCCGUCCCUACCCAGCACGCCGGAGAGACCGCGGCGAACCAGUUCGCGUCUCUUCAAUCACAUGACCCGUUCGUUUGCGCUUUCCUUAUGCAGUAAGGCCCCCACCAUCACCCACCAAUCCCCGAGCCGCGUGCCUAGGCCAAGCAUCAAUCGAAGAAAUUUUCUUUUCCUCUACCGACCGUUUUCCUUCUUCCUCGAGGCCUCCUGCAACCACGUACAGUACAAGCCAAAUUUAUUCCAGUUCAACGGUUGGCGUAUCACCUCUGGUCCCUCCCACUGGCUACAACGGAAGCGUACCAAUCACAUUUUCCUUUUUUUUUCUUUUCUUAUUCCUCUAUUAUUUUAUAUCUUUUUUAUUUUCUUUAACUUUCUCAUCCCUUCCUUCUUUUCUUUUCCAUUCUCUCUUUUUCACCCUUCCUCCAUUUUACGACCCUCUCUUUUUUUACCUUUUCUUUCCCUCACCUUUCGUCUUUUUUUUAAAUCCCUCUUUCCCGAUUUCUUUCUUUCUUUCUUUCUUUCUUUCUUUCUAAUUCUCCUUUAUUUUACACUCUUCCUCUCUUUUUCUCCUUCUUUUUUUACAUUUCCUCACUCGUUCAUUUUGCAUUGCUCAUCGUCAUUUCCUCAUACCUUUCUUUCCUCUUGUUCGUCACUUCUCUCUCCUCCUUCUUCUUUCUCCUCCUUCUUCUAUACUUACCCCUCCAUUUUAAUUUAUUUUCUCUUUUUUCCUUAUUUACAUUCUAUUUCCUCUAUUUUCUCAUUUUUUUUUACUUCCAUUUUUGCUUUCUCCCUUCCUUCAGUUACUCCUUUUCCUUCUUUCUUUUCUCUCUUCUCUCAUCUCCGCCAUUUUUUCUUCCCCUCACUUCUUGACCGCUUAUCUCUCCCGUCUUUCUUUCUCAUUCUCCUCCCCUUGUCUUGCCACUUUAUUUCUUUCUCCUCUUCUUUAUUAUUUGUCUCCACAUUUGCUUUUCUUAUCACCGCCUCCUUUCAGUUCCUCUUUGGUCUGUUUUCGUCUUUCUUUUCUGCUUUAUAUUUUUACCACCAUUUUCUUUUCUUUUUUGUCUCACUGAACUUCUCUCUAUUUCCUUGUCUCCCUUUACUUAAUCCUCUUUCCUUUUUUCCUCUUUUCUUUUCUUUCUUGUCUCAAGUCCACCCAUUCGAAGAUUAUCUAUCUAUCUAUCUAUCUAUCUAUCAUCAUUUCAUAUCUGAUCAAUCCCAUUCAUUUCAUAUCUAUCUAUCUAUCUAUCUAUCUAUCUAUCUAUCUAUUAUCUAUCUAUUUUCAUAUCUGAUCCCAUCCCAUUCAUUUCAUCAUUUCAUAUCUGAUCAAUCCCAUUCUAUCUAUCUAUCUAUCUAUCUAUCUAUUUCAUUUCAUAUCGAUCAAUCCCAUUCAAUCCAUUUUCAUCAUUUCAUAUCUGAUCUUCAUUUCUAUCUAUCUAUCUAUCUAUCAUUUCAUAUCUGA